AUGAAGACCACCACCUCCGUCACCCUUGGCUUUGUCAGCUUCGCCUCGACCGUCUUCGGCCAUGGUUUCGUCACCGACCCCCAGGCUCGCAUGCCCGGCUCCGCCAUGGAAGCGGCUUGCGGAAACCAAGUCGAGAUCAACCAGUCGUCCGACAACUACGGAAACAUCCAGGGCGAACUCCAAGUCGCAUCCAGCCAGAGCGACUACGACGAGGCGGCCUGCGAUAUCUGGCUGUGCAAGGGCUACAAGUUCGCCGACAACACGGCCAACGUCCAGUCCUUGACCGCCGGACAGGUGCUCCCCAUCACCGUCGACAUCCGCGCUCCCCACACCGGAGUUGCCAACGUCUCCAUCGUCAAGACCAGCAGCAACACCGUCAUCGGCUCUCCCCUAAUCUCGUGGGACGUGUACGCCUCCACCGCCACCUCUAUCCCCGCGAACGAGACCCAGUUCGACAUCACCAUCCCCAGCGACCUCGGCAGUGAGUGCGCGACCGCUGGUGACUGCGUCAUCCAGUGGUACUGGAACGCGGCCUCGAUCGAUCAGACCUACGAGUCUUGUAUCGACUUCACCGUCAGCGGCAGCGGCAGCGGCGGCGACGACUCGUCGGCCUCCGCGUCCCAGACCACCAGCGCCACGGCCACAUCCACCGCUGCUGCCCUGACCUCCACCGUUGCUGCUGAGACCACCAGCGUUGAUACCACGACCUCCAGCGCCGCUGCCGAGACCUCCACCGCUGCCGACCAGACCACCGCCGCUGCUGAGACCUCCUCCACUGUCGUCGUCGAGACCUCGUCGGCCACUACCAGCGUAGCCGCCGAGACCAGUGCCGUCGAGACCACGCCCGCUGCUACUUCCGCCACUACCUUCGCUACCGUGACCAAGGCUACUUCCACCAAGGUGGUAGCCACCAGCUCCGCCGCUGCGUCGCCGAGCGGGACCGCAGCUCUCUACGGCCAGUGUGGCGGUAAGAACUGGACCGGCGCCACUUCUUGCUCUGUGGGCACUUGCACCGGCAUGAACCCUUACUACUCCCAGUGCGUCAACGCUUAA